AGCAAGUCAAAAGAAUUUCUUUGGUUUUUUCAUCUCAUCUAUUUGACUUAACCAAAGACAUACAACAAGGGGAAAAAAACAAAUGUUGACAUAACAACGAAGUUGCAGGCCCAUGAUACAAGAGAAUCUAUCCACUUUUUCUCUCUUUUUCUUUUGUAUACUUUCACCCCACUAAAACACAUUGUUGUCAUUUUCAUUCUCAUAUCAGUUCUAGUUGUUACGGAUAGCAAAAGAGAAAGAGAGAGCUAAGAAUGGAAGAGGAUUUUCAAGGGAGACCAACAGAGUUGCAACUGCAAUGUUUCAGUGCAAGGAUCGUGUCGCCAGAGAUCGUUGAGAUCGGAGAGGAAAGUAAGACUAUUAUUAGUAGCAGAGACAGUGCUGCAACCGACGUCUACGUCGCCGUUGGUAAAGAUGAUAUAGAUGUGCUUAAAUGGGCCCUUAAUCAUGUCGUCUCACCAGGUUGUUGUGUCUUUCUCGUCCAUGUUUUUCCUCUUCUCACCUACAUCCCUACACCAGUUGGAAGAUUAGCAAGAAGCCAACUGAGCCGAGAACAAUUAAGAGUGUAUAUCAAUGAAGAAAACAAUAGAAGGAGAAAUUUGUUGCAGAAAUACAUCCGCUUAUGCACUGAUGCCAAGGUAACAGUAGACACAUUGCUUCUAGAGAGCAAUACAACAACCAAAGCAAUCCUUCAACUAAUUCCAGUGCUCAAUAUCACAAAUUUGGUCAUAGGGACUAAAAGACCUCUUUCCACUAGGCUAUUAGGGAAAAGAAUGAGGACAGGAGAGAUAGUGAAAAAGAAAGCACCAGAAUUUUGCGAGGUCAGCAUUGUUUAUGAAGGCAAAAAAUUGGAUGAACAUCAACAGCAAAUGGGUUUGCUUACUUCUUCACAAAAUUCCGACUGCAGGCCCCGUGGCUACAGGAAGAAUUUGUUUGACUGGGUUUGCUUAACAAGCAGUUCUGGUUGCCAUUGUUAAUCCAAUGAACAAAGCAAGACGAGGAUCACAGAUAAGAUCCGAUCAUACUAUUAUGUAAAAUUAAGUUAUUAGGAUUAUACGCUAUAAUAUUACUACGUUAUCAUAUUACGUAAUUAUAGUUAUAUUAUUAUAUUAUUACGUAAAAUUGCUUUCCCUUUUCCAUAAGGAAUAUGGAAAAAGUUUUACUUAAUUAUAAAUAGGCAGAGGCCCAUCUCAAAUUUUCAAUUCCAAACAGAUUUCGCAUUAAGAACGUCAGAAGAAACAAUGAGCAUCAACUCCCAGCUUCCAUCUCAUAUAAUUGAGGAAAUUUUCUCCAAAAUUUCCACCGUAAAUUUCUCUUUCUUCCGGGCAGUUUGUAAGGAUUGGAAUCGGUUGAUAUUGAACUGUAGAAUUUCUUCUUCUUCUACUUUGUUCAUCACCUGGCGGCCUCUUCAACCUCGCAUGGAUUGUGUCGACUUUCAUCACAAAUUCUCUCAAGGCAUGAAUGUUUUGUCUUCGUUUACAUUUGAUUUUCCUAUUUCCUCGGAUACUCAAAUCACAAAUUCAUGCAAUGGGCUGUUGUGUAUUAUAGAGGAAAACAAAUAUUAUAAGA